GGUCCUAUAUAUUGAGUGACAAUGAACGCUUUCCUCUGCUGAAAAAGAAAGAAAAGGUUCAAAACACUCAAAUGGCCUCCAUUUUCAAGCUUCUCUUCCUCAUUAUCUUCCUUGCGCUGGUUUUUGAAGGUGAUGCAGGUUGCUCUCCCUUUGAGCCUCAAGGCGUGGACAUUGUCCAAACUAAAACAGGAAACAUAAUAAAUGGGAGACAAGAGUGGAAAGUGACCAUCACUAACGAUUGUAGGUGUUCUCAGUCCCAAGUGAAGCUCUAUUGCAAAGGAUUUAAAACAAAUGAAGCUGUGGACCCAUCAAUCUUAAAAAUUUCUGGUAGUUUGUGCCUUCUCAACAAUGGCAGAACCAUACAUCCAUCUGAGUCUGUGGAGUUUCUCUAUGCGUCGGCUUCUAAAUAUCCAUUUAUUUUGGCUUAUUCCAUUGUAAAUUGCAGCUCUUAA